AAAGGUAAAGGUCGGGACCAACUUUGUUCGAUCAUUUUUCUUUCAUGUUGGUGAAAUCAGCUGCUGUCCAAAUACUUUUGUAUCAAUGAGGAUCAUGUGUUUUGUUUUGCCAUGUCUAGCGCAGGUGCUCGGAUGUAUAUUUAGUUCUCUGAGUGCUGGUGGAGGAUGCCAGUGGGAGUAGACUCAGGACACCAGUGGACUAUAAAGCCUGUUCACUUCCAGGAGUAGAGCACACGCUCUCGAUCUCUCUUUCUUCUUUCCCUUUCAUCAUAGCCCUCGCUGCUUACUCGAGAAACAUGUCAAAGAACCUACACUCGAUCACGGACCCCACGAAGAUGGGGCUGGGAUGCUCUAUUGCCGUGCUGACAUCUGGAGGCGACGCUCAAGGUAUGAAUGCUGCUGUAAGAGCAACAGUCAGAGUAGGUAUCUACACUGGAGCCAAAGUCUACUUUGUUCAUGAGGGGUACCAGGGCCUGGUGGAUGGAGGAGAAAACAUUCGGCCUGCCACGUGGGAGAGUGUUUCCAUGAUGCUUCAGCUGGGGGGAACAGUCAUAGGUAGUGCACGCUGCAAAGACUUCAGAGCCAGGGAGGGCCGCAUGAAAGCGGCCUGCAACCUGGUGAAGCUCGGAAUUACCAACCUGUGUGUCAUCGGAGGCGACGGCAGCCUGACCGGAGCCAAUGAGUUCAGGACAGAGUGGAGCGGACUGCUGGCUGACCUGCUCCGAGCUGGUAAGAUUACAGAUGAAGAAGCCAAAACCUCCUCCCACCUAAACAUCGUGGGCAUGGUGGGCUCUAUCGAUAACGACUUCUGCGGUACCGACAUGACCAUUGGUACAGACUCUGCCCUACACCGCAUCAUUGAGGUGGUGGACGCCAUCACCACAACUGCACAGAGCCACCAGAGGACCUUCAUCCUCGAAGUGAUGGGCAGACACUGUGGGUACCUGGCGCUGGUGUCUGCUCUGGCCUGUGGCGCAGACUGGGUCUUCAUUCCAGAGAUGCCACCUGACAAUGGCUGGGAGGAACACUUGUGUAGGAGGCUGGCAGAUCAACGGGCCAGAGGUUCUCGUCUAAAUGUGAUCAUUGUCGCUGAGGGUGCUAUGUCCAGAGAAGGCAAACCCAUUUCAUCGGACAACAUUAAGAAGCUGGUAACUGACAGACUUGGCUUUGAUACGCGCACCACCGUCCUUGGACACGUACAGAGGGGAGGGACGCCCUCUGCCUUCGACAGAAUCUUGGGCAGCAGAAUGGGCGUUGAGGCGGUGAUGGCUCUACUGGAGGCCACACCGGACACCCCGGCCUGUGUGGUCAGCCUGUCUGGCAACCAGGCAGUUAGGCUGCCACUCAUGGAGUGUGUGCAAGUGACGAAAGAUGUGACUGCUGCCAUGGCUGAGGGCAGAUACGAGGAUGCUAUCAAGCUCAGAGGAAAGAGCUUUGAGAACAACUGGAACACAUACAAGCUGCUGGCCCACAUUAACCCCCCAGAUGUUAAAAGCAACAUCAACGUGGCCAUCAUAAAUAUCGGCGCCCCCUGUGCUGGCAUGAAUGCAGCCGUGCGUUCAGCGGUCAGGAUGGGCAUCAUCCAGGGUCACAACAUGCUAGCUGUCCACGACGGCUUUGACGGCCUCGCACAUGGACAGAUUGAGCCUAUCAACUGGACUUCAGUGAGUGGCUGGACUGGAUUGGGAGGCUCAAUGUUGGGCACUAAGAGAACGCUUCCAGGUAAGCUGAUGGAGGAAAUCAGUCAGAACAUUGCAAAGUUCAACAUCCACGCCUUGGUGAUCGUCGGCGGCUUUGAGGCCUACGUGGGAGGCCUGGAGAUAGUUCAGGCCCGAGAGAAGUAUGAGGAGGUGUGCAUCCCUAUGGUUGUGAUCCCCGCCACAGUCUCCAACAACGUCCCUGGCUCCGACUUCAGCAUCGGUGCUGACACCGCUCUAAACACGAUCACCUCCACAUGCGACAGAAUCAAGCAGUCUGCCGCAGGCACCAAACGUCGUGUGUUCCUUGUCGAGACGAUGGGUGGCUACUGCGGCUACCUAGCCACCAUGGCAGGGCUUGCGGCCGGGGCAGACGCUGCCUACAUAUUUGAGGAGAAAUUCAAUAUUAAAGACCUGGAGGGGAAUGUUGAGCAUCUUCUGGAGAAGAUGAAGACGACUGUGAAGAGAGGCUUGGUUCUCAGCUCCGCUCUACCUUUGGGGCCGCCGGGAGUCAGCCAGAGGUCGGACAAACCAUCGAUUGCCACCAAGUGCUGCGUGUGGAGGGCCGUGCUGUGGGUCGCAGAAGACGGUUCUGUUGUUGGUCUUCUUCCAGAUUGCACUCUCCUAGAUCUAGAUCAUAGGGUGAUUGAUUUGUGGAGACCACUGUUGAACCCAGCACACGACCACAACCUGACCCCCUAUUAAUAAUAUCUUUGGAAAGAGAGAGACAGUCGAGAGGUUACAAGUUGCUUCACGUCUCUGCCCUUCUCUGAGACACAUAUCCGAAAGCAAUGCCUAAUUAAACUGAAAAAAAUGAUGGCUUGAGCAAAAAAGAAAGACCUAUUCACAGUUAUCUCAUCUUGUCUCAUCUUGUCCUUGAGAGAAAAGGGAGGUUUGUACAGCCACCGAGACAGUAUGACAGAAUGGACCAAGAAACAUUUUAGCAAAAAAGUCACCUAAGAACAAAGAACUAUUGACGUAAACUAUGGGACAGUACAAUAAAAGAGUAUAUAGACUAUAUUUUGUCAUUUUGCCAAAACACGCUGUUACACGCCACCCCACCAGGCCCUUCCUCUUAAAACCAAACACUACAGUACAUUACAUACAGUAUUUUCUGUUCAUACAGUAUAUGCAUGCAAUUUCUUUGUGUUCAAAUACAUUUACAAUUUGUUUUGUUUUUUUAAAUGUACUUUAGUAGGUUUAAGUGAGUUUUGUGAACAUUUGUGUUUAAAGUGUGUGCGAAGGGUAGAACUAUUUUGAAAAAGUUUUUUAUAUGGUCUCUAUCGCAGCUUUUCAACUGUUGCGAGUAAGUCUGGAACAUAUCCCCUGCGGUAAAUGGUACUGUAUUAAAUAAAAUAAAAUAAAUAUCAAGCAAAUUUCUAAAUAAUGUAACUGAACAGUGGUACCAGAAACACGGUGUAGCGAGUAUGCCCUGACGGAACAAAUGGCACCCAGGAACCCCCAAUCUCUGCCGCCCUGCUGAGCCAGUCUGUGUAGACAAGACAUCUAAGAAAAGCCUGAUCGACUUAUCAGCUAAAGACACAAAGAACCUGGUUUCUCACCCGGCCAUUAAAUUAAUUAGCAGCCAGUCUGAAGAAUCUCAUCAACAAAGUAGAGAUACAGGGAACCUGGUUUCUCACCCGGACGCUAAAUUAAUUAUCAGCAAGUCUGAAGAAUUGCAUCAACAAAGUAGAGAUACAAGGAUCCUGGUCUUUCACCUGGGCGCUAACCCAAUUAACAUUCAGCCCCCCCAGCCAGUCUGAAGGAUCUUAACAACAAGGACCUUUUUCUGCGAACUGACUUGAUGACCAAGAAUUUGAGAAACCCGCUUUUUAAGUGGGACUGUUCAAAACAGUUUGACAACAAUGGAAUCAAUAUUCGCCGUGUUUUUUACAAGAUUCAAAUUCAGCAACGAACUAUGUUCUUUUGAUAUAGAAAAAAAAAAUUGCAUGCAGGGCGCUGCCAAGCCCUCUGGGACAAUUGAUGGCGCACAAAGCGACACCCCUAUGCGGUGGAGAGUUACUGCACUCUACGAUUGAGAGACCGAAUGUGAAUGUUGUGACAUUUUAAGAACCUGGCACGAAUGCUCCCAGUGUACCACCACACCAAUGUUACUAGUGAUUGUAUUUCUUCCAAUUUGAAUGUCUGAUAUCAAAUCUGUUUGUCAACUGAACCGGUUGAGACAUUUCACCCCACACAAUACAAAUGCCACAUUGCAAAUACUAAAUGAUCUCAGCACCCAAAUAAAAUUGAAACGCUCAUUACAUGAAUUAAACAGGGUGUGCGUGACAAUGCAAAGCUGGGAACCAGUUUCCUUAUCUUAGAUCCAAUAAUGAAUCUUUUAUUCCCACUGGUUUAAAACCACAAAAGUAGUACUAAGAAGUGCGGUCUAUCUCCCUUUUGGUCCCCGGGGGG